AUGAAGUCUUACCUCUUCACACUCUUGCCCCUUGCGGGUGUUACUGUUGCUAAAUCUGUCUGUCCCCGAAAGACAUUGACUAGCACAGAUCGUCACACCGUUUAUAGGACUGUUCCGACCGUUAGUCCUGUUGUCGACGUCGCGACGCCGUCUAGUGUCUGCUCACGGAGAAUUGUAACCACAACCACUACUGAGAAGGUUUACAUUACAGUGGAUGCACCAAACCCUAUUGCAACCACUCCAAGUGUGGUAACUACACCGAGUGCAGGUGUUACAGGUCCAGAGGCCAUAAAUAUCACGACGACGAGCACUAUACAUAUCACAACGACCAUUACCCGUCGACCAUCCGCUCUUCCACCAUACAGCAAUUCCACGAGGCCUGCAACCACCUUGAGCUCAUCAUCAUCAUCAUCUACGGCUUCUUCUUCUAGCUCUUCACUUACAUCUUCAUUUCUUUCGUCGCCUACUCCUUCACCUCCUUCAUUGCCCACCUCUUCGCCUACCUCUUCAUCCACCUCUGAUCCCACCAUGAGUGUCUCUAGACUCAGCGGUCAGGCAACCUUCUACGGCGGAAAUGUGGCUGGUGGCAUGUGCUCCUUCACCGGCUACACCAUUCCCUCCAAUCUCUAUGGAACCGCCCUCUCCGACAGCAACUGGGCUGGCGCGAACAGCUGCGGAUCCUGUGUUUCCGUAACCGGUCCCAGGGGUAACAAGAUCACAGCCAUGGUCGUUGACCAAUGCCCCGGAUGCGGCCCCAACCAUUUGGACCUCUUCCCCGAUGCCUUCGCCAAGCUUGACAACCCUAACAGGGGCGUCAUCCCCGUGUCUUGGGAGUUUGUGCCCUGUGGCAUCACGUCCCCUAUCAUUCUCAAGAACAAGGAGGGCACUAGCAGGUGGUGGUUCAGUAUGCAGGUCAUGAACUCCAACGUUCGCGUGACCAAGCUUGAGGUCUCGACCGACGGCGGUAGGACCUGGAGGGGCACGGAGCGCAAGCCGUACAACUUCUUCGAGUUUCAAUCUGGCUUUGGCACAGACAGCGUUGAUAUCAAGAUUACCAGCGUGGGCGGCAAGGUGAUCACUGUCAAGGAUGUUAGCAUUGCGGCGCAGACCACCAAGUCUGCGGGCAGCAACUUCUCCUCUUAG